AGUCACCCGUAUCUUCAUUGUCACAGCAAGCCGCACGAGACUUUCAGCUGACCCCAAGGUAUGCUUCGCAGAUCCCGGCUGUUCUUGGAUCAAUAAGGUACUUUGAUUGCCUACCCACCGGCACCUCAUGGUAGCUGUCUGCCACUCCCUCUCUAGGGCAAACCGCGGUGGCCAGCAAAUCAACCAACCGUGUUUCCUGCAUUUUCCUUUCGCCCGGUAUCUCGGUGCGGCAGCCCCUGUUGGCGGAUAGCAUCUCAAGCUUGCAUCCGGGGCCCGUACUUCAUCUUAUAGCCCUUCUCAGCGCAGGACAGGGCUCACACAAGCACGGCAACCGGCCAUCCAGCCAAGAGGCACUCGUCAGACCAUGGCUCUCGAUCCAUACUCGUCCUCAGAGGGGGGGUUGACUCACGGUCCCUGCGACCCCAAGACUCACUCGCCUUCAUCACACUCCACGUUUCAAGCAUCCAGGGGAAACAACCCCCUCGCGGCCAAGCUGUCAGCCAUCUUGUCUACUUCGUAUUCCGACGCGGAAUUCCGCGAGGCGCUGGCUCUACUCGACAAACGCGGCGCUGGCAACGAUGCCAGAACGAGGCGCCAUAUUCGACUAGAUGUGCAUAAGGAGGUCAUUUCUAGUAACAGCCUAAUAGUAGACGAGUUCGGGCGAGUGGCCGAUCAACUGCGUCAAGUACGGACAAUCCUUGGGGAAAUGAACGCCGAGUAUGACAAAAUGAAUAAUGAGAUUCUUGCUGCUCACGAGGAGACCUCUUCCGCAAUACUGGACUCCGCGGCGCUGCUCGAGCAGCGGAUGCAGGUAGAGACAAAGCAGCGGGUUCUUGACACAUUCAAGGACCACUUCUUGAUGUCGGAUGACGAGGUCGCCUCAUUGACGUCAACUGCCGAGCCAAUAGACGACAAGUUCUUUGAUACCCUUUCAAAAGCAAAAUGUAUCAAUCAGAAUUGCGAGAUCUUGCUCGGCUUUGAACGACAGACACUCGGCUCCGACUUAAUGGAACAGUCUUCCCAAGACAUCAAUUUCGGCUUCCAAAAGCUGUACAAAUGGGUACAGCGGGAGUUCAAGACCCUGAAUAUGGAGAAUCCUCAGCUUAACACAUUCAUCAGGCGAGCACUUCGCGUUCUGGCUGGACGACCAUCUCUGUUCCAAAAUUGCUUGAAUUCCUUUGCCGAGGCCCGAGAUCGCAACUUGUCGGAUUCCUUUCACCUCGCCUUAACUGGCGCCAAUGCUUCCGGAGCGGGGGAGUCAUCUAUAAAGCCCAUCGAUCUGACAGCGCACGACCCCCUUCGCUACGUUGGCGACAUGCUUGCUUGGGUUCAUUCUGCCACCGUGAGUGAGCGCGAGGCUCUCGAAGUUUUGUUUGUUGCAGAAGGGGAUGAACUCGCCGAGGGGUUUAGGUCUGGGCGAGACGCGGAAAUAUGGCGUCUCGUGAUGGAAGAUGACGACGAGUCUCGUGAAGACUUCAACGCUCUCAAGGCCUUGGGAGAUUUGGUCGAUCGGAACGUUGCCGGUGCAGCGAGAGCACUUCGACAACGCGUCGAGCAAGUCAUUCGAUCCAAUGAGGAGACCAUCUCGGCCUAUAAGUUGGCCAUGCUGAUCAAAUUCUACCGGAUCACAUUUCACAGGCUUCUAGGGCCCAAUGCCAGCCUCGUUGAAUGUGCUGUCAGCCUUGAGGAAGAAGCACUGCGACAGUUCCGCGCGCUGGUCAGAGACCACAUCGCUGCCCUGCAGCGGGAGUUCCACCACGCGCCACCCGACCUUGGGCCACCGUCGUUUCUUUCCGACGCGCUGAGACAGCUGGGUACAAUCAUGGAGACGUACGAAUCCUCUCUCUCUACCGCGGAAGAUCGCGAGAGUGAUUUCGAGGGUGUCUUAGCUGAAGCGUUUGAGCCUUUCCUGGCUGGAUGUGACAAUAUGGCACGGCUACUGCAGGCACCGGCGAACGCGAUAUUUAUAAUAAACUGCAGGCUUGCAGCAGUCAAGUGCCUCGAGACAUUUGCCUUCACCCAGCAGCGCGCAAGUCGCCUGCAGCAGAGCAUAAAGGGCACGUCAGAAGACCUGGUUGUCAACCAGCAUCAGUUUUUCUGCAUCAGCUCCGGGCUUGGACCUUUACUAGGCAGCGCCGGUGAGGCAUGUUCUGAGAGCGAUACGAAGCAUCUGACCAGAGAUGCCCUUCUAAGGGCUAGUGAGCAACUGGAUGAAUUCCUGCCAUCAGCAAUGAUGGAUGCCAUGGAGCGACUGAAGCGACUGCAAGAUACGGCUCUUGCUCGACACGCCACAGAGGAGGCUGCGAGUCGUUUCUGUAGGGAUUUCAAUGAUUUGGAGCAAAAAAUUGAGAACAUGGACGAGCGCGAGGCCUCGCAAGGAGCGAAUGAACCUGGUUUUAGAUCAGUGUUCCCUCGCACAACAGCUGAGAUGCGGGUAUUGCUGUCUUGAGCAGAACCCAGCAUGAGAAUCUAUUUGCCAGCAACGUACUUCGUACGAUGUGCGUUAUUUAACCGGCCCGCGCGUCUCACUAAUAAACCUAUUUUGGGCUUAGGUGCGAAUAACGUACUACGAGAGCUAUUAGCAAUUUAAACAGACCUUAAUUUAUAUACUUACC